AUGCGGCGGCAUCUCGACUGGUUUGAUGACAGACGGCAUGCCGUCUACUGCCGGGGCAACCUUUACGUCCACUGCAAAACUGAUUUCAUAAUGAGGAUCUGCUUGUCAAAUGAUAAGUACCAAGUAAUUAAACCACCCAUGGAUCGUGAACCGGACGACUACCAGAAGCUUCAUCUUGGACGAUCAGAAAAAGGGGUGUACCUUGCAACUGCUACUUUUAAAACGUCUCGUCUUAUGGUUUGGGUCCUUGACGAAUCGUGUGGGCACGCAAAUUGGGUCUUGAAGCAUAACAAUUGCCUUACACCUAUACAAGAUGAUCUUCGUCCUGUUCUUGGGCCAUGGGUCUUACAAGAUAUCAAUUUUAAUGAGUAUCUCAAAGAAUGCAAGGAACAUAAUCAACACGGCGACGACUUGGAAUGGCUAAUAGAAAAGAAAUUGGAGUUGAACUCCGUCAAGAAAGAUCUAGGGGAAGAAAAGUUUGAAUGGGACUUUGAAAAUGACAACGUUCUUCACAAGGAAGAUGAGGUUGACGGACGUGGAUCUGGAUGCUUUGGUAUCCUUGGAUUUCAUCCGUAUAAAGAGGUUGUCUUUCUGCAUGUAUCAAUGUGCAGAGGGUUGGCCUAUCAUUUGAAAGAUUCAAAGUUUCAGGAUCUUGGCUAUUUAUACCCAACAACUUGUCAUCUAGCAUCGGGGGCCGACCGUUUCAUAACUGAUUCAUUCCCAUACACACCUUGUUGGACAGAACUGCAGAAAGCAACAAGAAUGUAG